GCCCACCGCGCCCCGUGCAGGCGAUGGCGCAGCGGGAGGCGGCCGGGCGGCGGCGCGUGGGGCUGUGCGUGCUGUGCGGGCUGCCGGCGGCGGGCAAGUCCACCCUGGCCCGCGCCCUGCGCCACCGCCUGCCGCGCCGCCAGCGCUGGGACUGCGCGCUCCUCCCCUACGACGACCUCAUCCCGCCGCAGGCCUUCGGGCCCGCCGCGGCGGAGGCGGGGCCGGCGGCCCAAGCCCCAUUGCUGUCUCGCUGGAAGUUAUACCGGCACGAGCUGCUGCAGUACCUGGAGCACUUCUUGGAGGCUCUUAUUAACGGAGAUCGUUUGCCAGCCCCUAGAAGCAGAACUGCGUCAACGUGGAAGAGUUUCGUCGCCUGCUGUAAGGGGCAGGGGUUGCUCUCUUCACAGGGAUCUGAUGCUGGAGCCUGCCAUUACUUCACAAACGUAGCCACUUCUAGACCACUGUAUUUUAUUUUGGAUGACAAUUUUUAUUAUCAAAGCAUGAGAUACGAAGUGUACCAGCUGGCUCGCAAAUAUUCAUUGAGCUUCUGCCAGUUAUUUUUAGAGUGUCCACUUGAAUGUUGCUUGCGAAGAAAUCGUCUAAGAAGUCAUCCUUUACCUGAACAGACAAUAUAUCAAAUGGCAGGAAAAAUAGAAAUGCCAGAUCUUGAGAAUAAUGCUUGGGAAAAGAACAGCCUCAUUCUGAAAAGCUCUGAAUGUGCUUUGGAGGAUAAUUUGCAGAUUAUUCACCUGCUGGCCAAUGCUUUGGAAAAUCCAGUGAAGCAAAAUGAGGAAAACACAGAGCAAAAGGAAGUAGAUCGAGCAAUCUGUGCAGCUAGCACUGUCCAUCAAGCUGAUCAGACUUUCAGACGAAUCAUCUCUCAAACAAUGAAGGAUGCAAAAGAUAAAAACGUACACCCAAGUGAGAUGAAGAGCCUGGCGGAAGAACUCAACAAACUCAAAGCAGAUUUUUUAGAAGAUAUGCGGCAAAGAAGUCACCUGAAAAAUCAGAUUUGCCAGCAAAAUAGCGACCCUGUAACAAGUGCGACUUCUUCAUUCCAAGAUGAGGCGACCAAUGUAGUCAAUAAAUAUAUUUUAAAAUAAUGAUGUGUAAUACAUUUUUCAAUA